UCUUCCUAGCUACCCCUCUCUUUAAUUUCUCUAACUUUCUAUGCUAGUAGCAAUAAGGAGGGACAGCACAAGAGACCAGUUCAUCCCUGGUUGCCUCUCAUAGUCAUCUUCUUCAGAGAGAGAGAGAAAGAGAGAGGAGAGAGAAAGGAGGAGUAACUCCAGUACUAGAGACACAGACACCCACCAAGGCCAAAGCAGAAGCACAAACAAGAGAAGAGCCCCCCUCUUCCACACAACACCAAGAACCUUCUCCUCCAUCUCCUUCUCCAUAUAUGUGUAUAUAUCCAUCGAUCGCAUGAGCUCUCCGAACUAGCUGGAGAGGAAGAGAGGAGCGAAGGGGUGCGGACCGCCCGCGCGCGAUCAGGAUAGAGAGGCGCAUCGGCGGAAGGUAGACAGCGGGCGAUGGAGGCGAGCUCGGCGGCGUCGCCGGACCUCUCGCUCCACAUCAGCUUGCCGAGCAGCGCGCCGGGGUCCGGGCCGUCCGGCGGGCGCGCCACGGUAGGGGGCGCAGGCGGAGGCGGAGGAGGCGCGGGGGGAGACCCGUGGCGGAGGCUGAACGGGUCGACGGCGUCCACGGAGCUGUCGCUGUCGCCGCCAGCCGAGCAGGAGCACGAGGACGCGCUGCCAUGGCGGCACCGCCCGUCGCCGGCGGCCGCGUCCUCCGCGGCAACCACCUCGGCGGGCGCGGCGCUGAUGCCCACCAUGCCGAUGCAGCAGCCGCUCGACGGCGGGGGCGGGGGCGCGUCGGCGGCGGCGCCAAUCCGGGGAAUACCUAUCUACAACGGCCCGGGGGGAUUCCCGUUCCUGCCGCCGGCCGCCGGGGGAGACGGCGGCCACCACCAGAAGCUCGGGUUCUACGGCUCCUACCACCCGUCAACGUGGCCUUCCUCGCUGGGCUCCACGUCGCCGUCGCCGCUGGCGCCGGGCGCGCCGCCGGCCCCUCUCGACCCGGCGUCGGCGUUCCUCUCCCCCGCCGCGCACCAUCACCACCGGAUGCUGUCGGCGUCGGGCAGGCUGAACGGCAUGCUCUCCGACACCCUCCGCGGCUACGGCGGAGGCGGCAUGGGCGGCCUCGGCGGCCUCGGCGGGCACCACCACCACCACCACCUCCACGGCGCGCAGCCGUUCGGCCUGGGCUCCCGGUUCAUGCCCAAGCUCCCCGCCAAGCGCAGCAUGCGCGCGCCGCGCAUGCGGUGGACGAGCACCCUCCACGCCCGCUUCGUCCACGCCGUCGAGCUCCUCGGCGGCCACGAGAGGGCGACGCCCAAGUCGGUGCUGGAGCUCAUGGACGUGAAGGAUCUGACCCUAGCGCACGUCAAGAGCCAUCUCCAGAUGUAUCGGACCGUGAAGAGCACUGACAAGCCUGCGGCGUCAUCAGGGCCGAACGACGGCGGCUCCGGCGACGAGGACUUCCCCGGCGCCGGCCAGGCCGCGUCCGGCGGCGACAACAUGUGCGGCGCGAGGCCGUUCGGGGAGCACCGUUCCACCUCCGAGGGCGCCGCGAGCUCAGUGGGCGGCGGCGACAUGGACCAGUCCUCGGCCGGGAACACGAGCACCAGGUGGAGCAACUCGUCAAGGGACCCAUGGCUGUCGUCGAACUCAUGCAACAUGGACGCUCACCGCUUGGCAGGACUGUCUUCUCCAAUUGAGAAUGCAGAGCCUUGCCGGUCGAGCAGCUCGCAGGUGUCCAACCACGAGCUGAGCAGCCCGAGCCUGGAGUUCACGCUCGGGAGACCGGACUGGCAGGGUGCGGAUCAUGACUAGCCAUCAUCGUUAUCACCAAGCUCACCAAGAACCUAGAAGGCUAAUUUCUUCAUUGAGAUCAUAUAUAUAGUAGCAGUACUGAUAGCAUGCAUGCUAGCUUGAUCGCCCCCAGCUCCGCGACAACGGCAAGUUUUCGUCAGCGAAGAAAGAACAAACACAAGCAGCAGCAACCGCAUUUUCACCGGUCCGGAGAUGGAGUCCGGAGCACCGGGAAUUUCAAAGACUUUACCGGCGGGCGGGGGUCUCUCUCACUCAGCCUUUGGGUGGUUCCUUAGAUUGGCCAUGUUCCUGAUUUCCUUUUCUUUCUUGCUUCUCUCUUUUUGUUUCCUUGUGCCGCCGUGGCGAGCCGAGCGGCGAUGCUGGCCGUGCAGGGAUGGUAGUAGAUGAUGAUGGUGACGGCGAGAGCUAGCCGAUGGAGGCGGCGUAAAGCCGUGUGCGUGUGGUGCGUGUGAGUCGUGUGCGUUCGUCCAUGUUUGGUGAGGUUGAUGUUGGCCUGGUGGUGUGCGUCAGUGUGUGUGGGUGUGUGUGGAGCGGAGCUAGCUAGCUAGCGUAUCAUUAGCACAUGGAAAGUUGGAAAGGAGAAAAGAAAGAAAAGGGAAUGAGUUCUCA